GUCUUCCCCGCACUCCAUCGCUCCCUUCCCCCUCUCCCAACCGGAAAAGAGAAAGCAGAGCACCAAUUCGCCGAGGAAAACAGAACCAGAGCCAAAGGAAAUGGCGCACUACAACCCCGUCUCCGUGGACGCCCACGGCGACCUCGAGGCUGGCUUCUCCGGCCACCCCGGCACCCCGCUGAAGCCGGCGGCCUCGCCGAGGCGCCCUGGGCGCAUGUUCUGCGACCCCUGCGACGACGCCGACGAGCUCCACGGCCACCACCACUACCUCGACAUCUGCUUCCGCUGCCGCAAGCUGCUCUCCGGAAACAGAGACAUCUUCAUGUACAGAGGUGACAUGCCGUUCUGCAGCGAGGAGUGCCGGCAGGAGCAGAUCGAUAUCGACGAGGCGAGGGAGCAGCGGUCGAAGCAGACGGGGAGGGCCGAGCAGCAACUGCAGCGGCAGCAGCAGAAGCAGAGCCCCCAGAGGAUACCCAUCUGGGCGUGGUGAUGAAACAAUUUUGAGCACCAGAAAACGUACUAGGAUUUAGCUGUACCUCAAGAACCGAGCUAUCGGAGAGCACGAUGAGUGUGGAAUCACGCUCGGAUCACCAGCUCGACGGGCAGAGAGAGAGAGAGAGAGAGAGAGAGAGAGAGAGAGAGAGAGAGAGAGAGAGAGAGAGAGAGACGAACCGGCUGCGUCUUUGUUCAUGAAAUCGAACAGCUCCUCCUUUUGAUCUCUGAAAGAUGGAGGUGGAGGGGUUGAUUUGAGCGUGAAUUAGUAGGCGUUCUGUUCCUCUGCACAGUUGAGCUGAACAAAAAGUGUGGGCGCGGGGUCGUGUGUGGGUUUGCCGUGUAACCUGUUGAUAUGAAACAAGCGAGAGGCACAAGAAGCUCUCUCGGAUUUCUCAUCAGUUCAGAUGUCUUCUACUUUUCCUUC